GGAACCUUGGAAUUUAGGGUACAUAAAGGCAGGUAUACAAAAGCCAAGUUGCCACCUUCCGGCGCUGGAACAAAAUUUCACUUGCUCCGCCUGGAGAUUGGAUCCCUGGAUCCUCGGUGGUCAUCGUUGUCAUCGCCCAAAACAUCACCAUCACCAUGAGCCGUCAAUUUAUGCAAUUACCGCUUCACAGUCGGCUAAGCCGUUUGCGAAGCGGAUUGGAACCUCCGUCCGGCAAUCCCGCGGAUGACAGGAUGUGCUGGAUUUGCCUGAGGGGCGAUGAGGAUCACCGCCGACGGGAUUGGGUGCAUCCGUGUCGCUGUCGCGGCACCAAUAAGUGGGUGCACGAGGCCUGCCUGAGUCGCUGGAUCGAUGAGAAGGAGAUGAUGUCGCCGGGUGUCCCCGUGACGUGCACCCAAUGCCGCACGGAGUACAUUAUAGUGAUGCCGCCACUGUGCCGCUUCGAUGCCAUGCUGGAGCGACUGGACAAGGGCUGCGAACGUAUAUGUCCCAGUGUUCUGAUGGGCAUCCUGGCGGCCACCGUUUACUUCUCCGCUGUGAUCUACGGAGCACUCACCUUGCUCGAACUGGCCGGCUAUGACACGGGCAUGAAGCUGCUCCAAGAGGAUCCCUCGCUGCUGAUGAUUAUGCUGCCUUCGGUGCCGACGCUCCUACUUCUCAGCAGGUUGGUGCGCUGGGAGGACUGUGUGAUCCGUUGGCUGCGGCGGCGCAAUCGUCGCACCAUUCCCGCCGAGCAACUGGAUGCUGUGGGUCUACCCCUGCCCGGUGCUCCGCUGAGCGACGAGUACUUCGAUGAGCUGGAGCGCGAGCAUCCGGUCUCGGAUGUCCUAAUUGGCGGUAACUUGGCAACGGAGCAACUGGGACGCGCCGCCACCAGCUUCUGCAUUGCCCUAAGUCUGCCCACCAUCUCCGUGGUGCUGGGCCAGAAGCUCUACGGCCGGAUCUACGAAGAGAACAAGUUACUCAGCAUCCUCCUGGGCGGACUGACCUUUGUGGCCAUCAAGGGAUUGGCCAGUAUCUAUCUUAGCCAUUCGCAGUACCAACAGAGGCGCCAAAGAUUUGUCAUGGACUACACUCCUCUCAAUCGUAUCAACCAUCAGUCCCGGUGGCGAUGAAGGCAUCUGGAAGCUGCAGGCGCUAAUUAGUUACAACAACUAUCCAUCAGUUACAACAACUAUCAAAUCAAUAAAUUAGUGUUAGUU